GUGUCGAGCGCGCUCAGCAACAUGGUGGCAUAGAUGAGGGAAGAUAUUUUUUUGUUAAGCGGUGCGUCUAGGCUCGGAAAAAUAAUAAAUUGGAAACUCUAAUUUUACAUGAUUUUUAAGUAAAUUCUUGUUUUGUUUAAGGCAAGUCUUAUUUUAUUACCAUAUCCUUGUUAUCAUUUAACCGACGCCCUGGAUCGCCCAAAAAUGCCCAAUAUCAAGAUCUUCAGCGGCAGCUCUCAUCAGGAUCUCUCCCAGAAGAUAGCGGACCGCCUGGGUCUUGAGCUGGGGAAGGUCGUGACAAAAAAGUUCAGCAACCAAGAAACGUGCGUUGAAAUUGGUGAAAGUGUGCGAGGGGAAGAUGUCUAUAUUGUUCAGAGUGGCUGUGGUGAAAUAAAUGACAAUUUGAUGGAGCUUCUCAUCAUGAUCAAUGCAUGCAAAAUCGCUUCUGCCUCCCGUGUGACCGCAGUCAUCCCCUGCUUCCCAUACGCCCGCCAGGACAAAAAGGACAAGGUGGGGGUGAGGAGUCGAGCUCCCAUCUCUGCCAAGCUGGUUGCUAACAUGCUGUCUGUGUCUGGAGCAGAUCAUAUCAUCACUAUGGACUUGCAUGCCUCCCAGAUCCAGGGUUUCUUUGAUAUCCCAGUGGAUAACCUCUAUGCAGAACCAGCAGUGUUGAAAUGGAUCAAAGAAAACAUUCCAGAGUGGAAGAACUGUACCAUUGUAUCUCCAGACGCUGGGGGUGCCAAGAGGGUCACUUCCAUUGCUGAUCGUCUAAAUGUAGACUUUGCUCUGAUUCACAAAGAAAGGAAGAAGGCCAAUGAGGUGGACCGCAUGGUUCUAGUCGGUGAUGUGAAGGACCGGGUUGCUAUCUUGGUUGAUGACAUGGCUGACACCUGUGGGACCAUCUGUCACGCUGCUGACAAGCUUUUGUCUGCAGGUGCCACGAAGGUCUAUGCAAUCCUGACUCAUGGCAUCUUCUCUGGCCCAGCCAUCUCUCGCAUUAACAAUGCCUGCUUUGAGGCGGUUGUUGUCACAAACACCAUCCCACAGGAGGACAAGAUGAAGCACUGUCCUAAAAUACAGGUUAUAGAUAUAUCCAUGAUUCUGGCAGAAGCAAUCCGCAGGACACACAACGGCGAGUCCGUCUCCUACCUGUUCAGCCAUGUCCCUUUGUAACGCCACAGAGCCCUGGUGCUUCAGUGCAGCCAGUUCUACCAAAAAGGGAAACGAUUCUCCUUGCAGUGCCUGCAAUGCAAAUCCCUGAAAACCCAAACAAGACUGCUAUGGGGUUGAUGUCAGCUGGCCUGUCCCACUUCCCUGAUUCCGUGUUUUUGGCCCCACCCCCUUUACUUUACAGUUAUAGUGUUCUUCAUUGGUACUGCUUGUCUAGUCAGUCAUGUGAGCUGUGCAGCUUUCCUUUUUAUAGAAGCAAUAAAUUGAUGUCUUUUGAACUUGGGCACACUAUUGCAAUCAAGAUGAUGGAAGUGUGCAGUUUCUGUGGAUCAAGAGCGAGGACGAAUACAAUUUCUAGAGCUUGCCUUAAGCUGUUGUCAACCUGCUCCUGUUUUCUCCCUUUUGAUUUGAACCAAAUGUUUUAAAUUCUUCUGUUAAAUUUCAUAUGAAGAAAGAGGAGAGGUUGGGGGCUUGCUAUUUAGUGCAAGGUGAUAUGCUUUCUAUAGUUGACUGAACAUGAAGUGAUUUAAUGCCACCAGGUGGCAGCAACACCAAAAUGUUUACGCCUUAAUGUUCAUUUAAGUGCAUGAAAUAUCAAAUCCUCAAUAUAUAAAUGGCUUGGUGAUGCACCAAUUCCCCAUGGGUGAAGAUGCCCAAUGCAAAUAGCUACAUAUUGCUUCAAACUCUAAUAUUGUGUACUAUUACUCCUACUGUCUUUUACUGUUUGUGUAGUUUUACAUGUUGGAUUAAUUUUGUAGUCUCUUUAGAAACUGUUACAGUGGAGGGGCAUGAGAAUUUUAUUUAGCCCUUGCACAUUGACCUUAAUGUGAUAAAUGAAGUACUAGUUCCAGUGAUGUGUCCCAACUCCACCAGUGUGAGAAACUGAGCUCCUUGAUGUGUCUCAUACCAAAGGUGCAUUUGGAAUGUACUGUUUUUUAAUGGAACAUUAAAGUCAUCAGUGUUCACAAAA